AUGAAAAUUUUUCAGCGGCCGCUGGAGAAGACCGGUGCGAAGGAUGCUCGCAUCAGCACAGGAAGCAAAGAGAAGGAACGCUUCACGCUCGUUCUGGCCGUCAUGGCGGACGGCAAAAAGGUUUCGCCGCGCAUCAUCUUCAAGGGCACGCCGUUCAUCCCCCCGACCGUGAGCGGCAAGGGCAAGAGCACCCUGCCGCGAAAGAACUCCGUCACGUGGGAGAUCCAUCCUGCGAACCGCGCCAAGCACGGCUACCCUCCCAACGGCAUGUCCGUCGGCGUGCAGGAGAAGAGCUGAAGUGACCAGCGGGAGUGCAACGGGUGGAUCUCGGGCAGCUGGAAGCUCCGUCCCAACAACGGCAGCAUCGUCCAGCAGCGCCCGCGCAUCCUGGUGCUGGACGACUUCAAGUGCCACAAGGACGAGGGUUUCAUCGCCUCCCUCAAAGAGAGACGCCAACACCAUCGUCAUCUUCAUCCCAGGCGGGUU